UCUGCAUAUUGAGGCUCCGCCUCUCCCGCUGCAGGACGUCACCAAGGACUGCAGGGGCCUGAGCCGGUGCCGCCGCCGCUGCCGCCGCCGCGCAGCCCCACAUCAGCGCACCGGCGUCAUUGCCGCCCCCAAAGAAGUCGCCGCCGCUAGGGUGCAUUGGUGAAGGGCAAGAUGGCAUCUGCCACAGAUUCUCGCUAUGGGCAGAAGGAGUCCUCGGAUCAAAACUUUGAUUACAUGUUCAAGAUCCUUAUCAUUGGCAAUAGCAGCGUGGGCAAGACAUCCUUCCUCUUCCGCUACGCCGACGACUCCUUCACACCUGCCUUUGUCAGCACUGUGGGCAUCGACUUCAAGGUCAAAACCAUCUACCGCAACGACAAGAGGAUCAAGCUGCAGAUCUGGGACACAGCAGGGCAGGAGCGGUACCGGACCAUCACCACAGCUUACUACCGGGGUGCCAUGGGUUUUAUUCUUAUGUAUGACAUCACUAAUGAGGAAUCCUUCAAUGCAGUACAGGACUGGUCCACCCAGAUCAAGACCUACUCAUGGGACAAUGCCCAGGUGCUGCUAGUGGGGAACAAGUGUGACAUGGAAGAUGAGAGAGUGGUAUCAUCAGAACGUGGCCGGCAGCUGGCUGACCAUCUUGGGUUUGAGUUCUUUGAGGCAAGUGCCAAGGAUAAUAUUAAUGUCAAGCAGACCUUUGAGCGUCUGGUGGAUGUCAUCUGUGAGAAGAUGUCUGAGUCCUUGGACACGGCUGACCCUGCAGUUACAGGCGCCAAGCAGGGCCCACAGCUUACUGACCAGCAGGCGCCCCCACACCAGGACUGUGCUUGCUGAGAGCUGCCCUGCCCCAACCUACCCUUCUUCCACCCCCAGCCACCCAGACCCAACCCAGCCCCCACAAGCCAUGGGCACAAGACCCCUACCCCUGACUUAGACUGUCACCUUUAUUUAUUAUUGUAGCUAUUUAUUUAUUUAUUGAAGAUGUCCCCCAGGGGCCCAGGCUCCCGUCUACCCCUUGCCCUGUCUACCCUGUACAUACAGCCCUACCCCACUCUGCCAUGGUGUGUUGUGGCCCCCUGAACUCACUGUUCACCUUCCUGAGACACUACUUUUUUUUUAAAAUUCACCCCCAUCCACUUGUCAGUUGUGAAGAAGGGCCAGAUGACACCACAGAGCAGGCUGAUAGGGUGAUGGGAGGUGGCCAGGUCUGCCAGCCCCUUGGGUCUGCUACAGUGGGUGAGGCCACUGGCAGGGUAUCUCUGUGUGUACCAAGGGGGU